AUGCACAUGGUGGUCAAUUUCGAAGCGAUCCAGAGAACACUGGAUGCCCAACGUGAAUUUGCGAAAUCCUUAUCCUUGCGUGACUGGCGUUUUGUCCAUGGUAACCCAGAUGUCUCCCAGCAGGAGCAUACACUUUCAUGGGCAGAAGCAGACACCCUGAAAAAUGCAACCAUGGAAGCUGCCAGAACCCUUGGAAGGAUAAUAUCGGAAUUGCGCUAUGCCAAACGCGAGGUCGGUUGGGAUUACCUAGGACCCAAAGAGCUAGCGAACAUUACUCGCAUAUUGAAGAAGGUAUUGGCCUCAAUGCUAUGGAUGGAGUCACUUGUCGAAGCCUCCAGACGUAUCCCUCGUUUAGUGAGCGAGAUGGAGAGUAUCUCUCGUGAAGAGGAAGAGCAGAAGUGGUGUUGGGUAUUUGAGCAAAGGCUCCGCCCCACUGAGCAACUUAUCCAAGCCAUGAACGAAGGUCUCGACCACUCCAUGCACAUUCUUCGCCUCGGCAAAGCGCAGGCGAUGGAAUCUUCGCUCAUUUCGACUGCGAGAAGAAUCCUAGACCUGGUCAAAUACGCGGAUUUUAAGGUAGACGAUGGCACCAUGAAUAAAAAGGGACUGGUGCUACCAACAUGGAAGCAGAUGAAAAAAUGGUUCUGGGCCUCAUUGUCUAGGGAGGACCAAGAAUUGGAUUAUUACCAGUACAGCAGAAGAUCCGGAACUGUCAGGAUAUACCUGGACGAUGUCAUACAGACUGGUAGAGAUCCAGAACACCUUCUCCCCCAAAGCACGUGGGAGAAGAUUGGUGAUAACUUCCGGAAGGGCUUUCACUUCUUUGGUUCGCCUGAGUCUGUGUUUGGCUUCCGAGUAGCCGUGGCUACCAUGGCUGUUUCACUCGUUGCAUUUCUCAGAAACUCGCAACACUUCUACAUCCAGCAACGUCUCAUCUGGGGUUCGAUAAUGAUUGCAAUUAGCAUGGCAUCGACCGUUGGGUCAGCUAUGUAUGGUCAAUCAAUGCGGCUCCUUGGGACAUCUAUUGGAAUGGUGUUGUCGUAUAUUGACUGGUACAUAGUCGACCAACAGCCAGCAGGUGUCCUUGUCUUCGUUGGGAUCACAAUGUUUUUGUCCCACUACCCAUUAAUUAGGUUUCCCACUCAUGCUGUGCCGCCUAUAAUCGAAAUGGUCACAGUUAUGUUAAUUGUGGGCUAUGCACUUCAAGUGAAGAAAGUGGGGGUCAUCUUCUCCGAGUCCAACGGGCAAGCAUACCACGCUCUAUACGUACUGUCACCUUAUCGACUCGCUACUGUUGUUGGUGGAAUCGGGGUUGCUUUUCUUUUCACAUAUUUUCCCUCUGCAGCCACAGUCAAAAACUGUUUCCGACGAGAUCUUGCAUCUUUUCUGUAUCUUCUCGCACAUUACUACAGCUCUGUGUACACGACGAACUCUUUAUUAAUUCAAGGUUUGGCUGGAGAUCAUAGCGACAAGAAGAGUCUCGGGAGAGUCCUUGAAAAAGCUCGCACUCGUGUACUUGCCAAGGAAGUCGUUCUCCUACAGGGAAUGGAACAGCACAAGUGGUUCUUUCCCUGGGAACCUACUACUGGGGGGAAAUUCCCCAGGGGUGCCUACGAUAAAUUGGCCGAGCAUGCGCGAAACGUACUUCAAUUCUCGGCAACAUUAAUCGAAAUUGCGGACUCAUUCCAUCUCGCCGGACCAAUAUCCUCAGAACCGUGGGUAGAAGACACUAGACGGCUCAUAACUUCCUUGGACUUAAGGUCCCAUGAAGUGACAUCUCUUCUCGCGACACUAUCAGGUGCCAUCAAAACCGGGAACCCAUUGCCUCUUUAUCUUAAGGCGCCCAAAAUUCGUCUGCCUACCGAGCUGCUUGCUGCUGCUGCUCCCGACGCGAGCAUUCUUAGUGUAGAAAAUUUCAGCCAGCCGGCGUUUUCAGCCAUUGCUUCCAUGGAGAUUACCAUGAUGGCCCUGGAAGACGAACUAUCUCAACUAUUAUCCGAGACGAAGCAUCUUGUGGGAGAGUUGAACUUGUUGACAGACAUUGUCCGCCGCAAAGACUUGCCUGCUAAUGUGGAUUCAAUAAUGGCAAUGGAAAAAAGAGAUUGA